GAGUGAAAAGAUUUUCAAAGCCAACCUUGAAUUGGCAUCUACUCGAAGAAAAAGGGUUGGCAAUGGCAUUUCAGACAUUGAGAACGUUACACUGUUCUGUAAUGUACACGUCGUUACAUGUGAGGCUCCGAGUCUGAGCCAAAACACAGAGCUUCCUUUGAGGCAGAGACAAGAGUGCCAAUUUUGAAGCCAACCAACCGCACCCUGUUUUUGUUUUUUGGCGCUCUUGCUACUACCACCCAUUUCAUACCUCCCCUAGUUGAUAUCUUUCACUUAAAUCCUCCUUUCCUGUUGCCCUUCUCAAAUUUACUCGAAAAGUUUGCAUCUUUCUGAGAAACCAAGACUCUUUGUUGAAUCAGAAAGAUGGGUUUUUUGGGUACUGUAUUGGGGGUUUUGGGUUUUGGCAUUGGAAGUCUGAUUGGACUGGUGGUGGGUUUCUUCCUUUUCAUCUAUUCAGAGCCCAAGAAAGUGAAGGACCCAGUAAUCAGGCCACUACAUGAACUAGAGAAAAGUAACUUGGAAGAUAUUCUAAAUGAAAUUCCAUUGUGGAUCAAAUGCCCUGAUUAUGAUCGAGUAGACUGGCUAAACAAGUUUCUCUUGGAUAUGUGGCCUUACCUUGACAAGUCAAUUUGCUCCACAAUAAGAAGCAUGGCACAACCUAUCUUUGCAGAAUACAUUGGCAAGUAUCACAUUGAGACAAUUGAAUUCGACGAACUAAGUCUCGGAACUCUGCCACCCAUAAUAUAUGGUCUGAAAGUUUGUGAGACUAAUGAGAAAGAACUAGUCAUGGAACCAGCAUUUAGGUGGGCUGGCAACCCCAACAUAGUUCUGGUGGUUAAGUUGUUGUCUCUAAGAGUUAAAAUUCAGUUAGUGGAUUUGCAAGUAUUUGCAGCACCACGGAUAACUCUGAAGCCUCUUGUGCCAACGUUUCCAUGUUUCGCAAACAUUGUGGUUUCUUUAUUGGAAAAGCCACAUGUAGAUUUUGGGAUGAACAUAUUGGGAGGGGACAUCAUGUCCAUUCCAGGCCUCUAUCCAUUUAUUCAGGACACCAUCAAGAGACAAGUCGCAAACCUCUAUCUCUGGCCUCAAACACUUGAUAUCUCCAUUCUUGAUGCUUCAACAGCGGCUAUAAAGAAGCCUGUUGGAAUACUUCAAGUAAAGGUUGUUCGAGCACUGAAGCUUUUAAGGAUGGACUUCCUGGGAACUUCGGAUCCUUACGUGAAACUUAGCCUCACUGAAGAUAGGUUGCCAGCAAAGAAAACCACUAUUAAGAUGAAAUCUUUGAAUCCUGAGUGGAAUGAGAAGUUCAAGCUUAUUGUGAAAGACCCCUAUACUCAAGGGCUUGAGUUACAAGUCUAUGACUGGGACAAGGUUGGCAGACAUGACAGAUUGGGAAUGCAACUUAUUCCUUUACAAGUGCUAACUCCUGGGGAGACAAAGGAAUUUGUGCUGGAUUUGGUCAAGAACACAAAUCUUAAUGAUCCUCAAAACAAGAAGCGUAGAGGACAACUUGUGGUGGAGCUUACUUAUGUUCCUUUAAAAUCAGAUAGCCUGACAUCUAAUGGACCUGAUGGUGGAUAUGGGAGAACUGAGAGUGGAAUUAGCAAGUCAUCAGAUAGUGGCGAAACCCUGGAUGAAGCAGGUUUACUGUCAGUGAUGGUCGUGGGAGCUGAGGAAGUAGAAGGGGAGCAUCACAACAAUCCUUAUGCUUUGCUUUGCUUUAAAGGAGAAGAAAAGAAAACAAAGGUGAUAAAAAAAUCUCGAAACCCAAGUUGGAAUGAAGAUUUCCAGUUCAUGCUUGAUGAACCUCCAGUAAAUGAGAAGAUCCAUAUUGAGGUCCUGAGCAGAAGCAGAGCCCUUAGUUUCAGAAGAAAGGAAUCAUUGGGAUAUGUGGAAAUUAAUCUCUCUGAUGUGGUACACAAUGGACGAAUCAACCAAAAGUACCAUUUAAUUGACUCCAAAAAUGGAAAGUUACAUGUAGAGCUUAGUUGGACUAAGGCUUGAGAAAUGAAGGUGAGGCAAGUAAUAUCAGGUGUCAGUUUCAACUGAUCUUUCUAAUUGUUGCUAUUGAGGAUAUAGAAGGAAGAGAAUAUACAAAGCGACAUUGUUGAAUCUUAUACAUGUUUUGACAUUUCAAUCUUAAACUAGUUGUCCAUAGAAGAACCAUCUACUUCAUUAUCAUCCUAAACUUUCUUUCUGUGGAAUCGGAGACUUUUAGGCCAAAUAGAUUGUUAUGUUGGUUUUUGCAAUUUUGACGCAUUCUUGGCAGGAAGCUUUGUCUUUCCAAAUCCAAUUCCAAUUCCAAUUCCAAUUCCAAAGCUAUUGAAGUUGCCGUAGUGAUUGAAUCAGGGCUAAGUUGGGACUAGUUUGAGUUAAUCUCUUGGCAAGUUCAUGGUUUAAACUUCAUGAUGUAGCUCAUGUAGAGCAGAUCUAGCCCAAGGCAGUGACAACACCCAGUUUUCUUUUCCUUGGAAUAGGUUACAGAUUAUGUCUUCUUUU